CCGCGUCGAAGAGAGCGCACGCGGGUAGGGCAGCUGGGUGAUCACGUGCCGACGCUCGGCUGGCAUCGGCGCGGCGGGUGGCGUUGGGAGCAGCAGCAGCAUCGAGACAAGCGAAGCACGACGCGAUGGCGUGCGAUGCGAGGGAUGGUUCGCUUCGUUACCGCCAGAAAGGCACCAACGGCGUGCACCAGCCACCCUGGAACGGAGUCCUCCAAGACGGCGGCAGCUACGUCACAUCGCAAGCAAACGGCCAGCGGCUACCGCUAACCAGGCAUCAAAAGCGGCUGCUCGGCUUAACGUUCUACGCGUGCCUUCUGGUGUUCUACCUCGGGACGGCGCUGCUGGUGCGCCGCCUGCAACUGUCUCUACCGGACGCCGUAUCGACGGAUCCCGCCGACGACGGACGCGUGUUUGUGGGCGCCAGGGCGAGGCAGCGGCUCGCCCAACUCGUGGCGAUCGGCCAGCGCACGGUCGGCAGCGUCGAGAACGAGGUGAUCGCCGUGGACUACCUCAUGCGCGAGUUGGAGCAGCUCAGGAAGCGGGCGCGACCCGUGCACAAGCUCGAGUUUGUGGUGCAGAAGCCGAAUGGCUCCUUUUUUCUCGACUUCAUCGACGGCUUUACCUCGAGCUACCGAGGCAUCCAGAACGUGAUCGCGCGCCUCGCGCCCAGGGAUCCUCCGCCGGCGGUCGAUCAGAGGCAUUCCUUACUCGUCAACUGUCACUACGACACGGCGCCCGGCAGCCCAGGCGCCAGCGAUGAUUCCAUCGGAUGUGCAAUUAUGCUGGAGAUCCUUCACGUCCUUUCGAGGAGGAAAGAACCACUGCCCCAUCCUAUCAUUUUCCUGUUUAAUGGAGCGGAAGAAAACAUCCUGCAGGGUUCACACGGUUUUAUCACGCAACACGAAUGGGCAAAGGAGGUGGCCGCUUUUGUGAACCUGGAAGCCUGCGGCGCAGGGGGCAAGGAACUGCUUUUCCAAGCAAGCCCCAGUGAUCCAUGGUUGGUAAAAGCAUACGUUGAUGGUGCUGUGAGACCUUAUGGCUCCAUUGUUGCGGAAGAAGUCUUUCAAAGUGGCCUUAUCCCAUCUGACACAGAUUUUCGCAUCUUCAGAGAUUUUGGAGGCAUACCAGGCCUUGAUUUUGCCUUUGCCAAAAAUGGCUAUGUGUACCACACAAAGUAUGACAACAUGGACUACAUCCCAGAUGGCUCGAUUCAGCAUGCAGGUGACAACAUUUUGGGUCUCAUUCUUAAGAUCCUGGAGGCACAAGAAUUAAGUGAUGGCAACUCAGUGGGAGCCAGUGGAGACACGAACACCAUUCGUGCUGUGUACUUUGACUUCCUUGGCAUUGUCAUGGUUAACUACUCGGUCGCUGUGAGCAGUAUCAUGGUCAAGCUAAUCAUCAUCAUCUCACUUGUUUCCAUGGCUAUGCGGAUGAAAGCUUCUGCGACUGGGGGACGUGAGCUGCACCGGCGGGAGCUGGCCCUGCAAGUGUGGGGGCGGAUCCAGGCCCUCCUGGUGACAGUGGGCAGCUGGGGACUCGGUCUCGUGGCCUGCGUGCUCGUGGCCUUGAUGCUGACAGCCGCUGGGAGCACCAUGUCCUGGUACAAGCAACCGUACCUGGUGCUGGGACUUUACUACAGCACCAUGAUUGCCACCCUCAUGGCUUGCCACUGGGGCCUCACAGUGAUACGUCGCAGGCACCUCAAGGCAUCCACCACGGGGCUGAAAGUUCUGGGUGAAAGUGAGGAAUGUGAUGACUGGGACGUCCUCGAGCGGUACCUGGAUGCCACUCAGCUGCUGUGGCUGGCACUAGUGUUCUGGUUGUCGUCCAAGAACAUACUAAGUUAUUACAUCCCGAACCUUUGGGCUGUCUCCACAGGCACAGUUGUGUCCGUACUUUCCCACUGGACAUUGGGCAUGGGCCGGAAAGGCGAGAAAAGAGGCCUUAUGGUGGCCAUUUUGGGCGCCGUAUUCCUUCCACUGCUCCUCACCAUCUACCUGAGCUUUAACAUCCACAUGGCCAUUGUGCCCAUCAUGGGCCGCAAUGGCACCCUGGACAACCCCGAGGUUACAGUGGCAAUCAUGUCAGGCAUCCUUGCCAUUGCCUGCACGUCAUUCGUGGUGCCACUCACACACGUGUCAUGUGAUGGCUGGAAGCCCAUAGCCGUCCUCUCUGGGUUUGUUGCAUUGAGUAUGCUGGUCGCCAUGAGCCCUUUGGGAUUUCCAUUCUCUGCUACCCCAGGAGAAGUGGCCCCACAGCGAAUGCUGCUUUUUAACGUGGAGCGAAAGUUUUAUGACAGGCACCAGAAUAUGGUUAACCAAGAUGCAGGACUGUGGGCCGUCCCGCUCGACUUCAAUGGUCCACGCACUAUUCGGCAGCAUAUAGGAACAAAGCGCAAGAUAAAAGAAGUGGACUGUAGUGAGCAUCUCUACUGUGGCAUGCCAUAUUACUUUCCGGUCAUCACAAAGCUGAAGGAGUCCUUCUUUGUGGACUUUCCUGGUCCCAUCUUUGACAAGGGCAGAACAUUUCGUCUUCUAUCUCGGAACAUCACUAAGGCCAAUGUGAUAAUGCUCAGCUUUGAAUUUACAGGUCCCAGCCACAUGGGUCUGAUCAUCUCUCCCUGGGAAGGCAUAAGUAUCACCCGCUGGUCCUUCACCUCUGACAUACCGCACAAAGGUAUCGAAUGGAAGAACAGGGACACCAAGUUUGUCUACCUUUCUCAAGGAGUUGACAUGGGACCUUGGAACGUUUGGCUCGAGCUGCAGCUACCCCAUGGCUACCCAGCAGACAAGUCCGUCGUGGACAUCGCUUUCCACACAUACCGCCUUCAGAAGUCGGAGCACAGGCAGCCAGCCUUCGUAAAGUUCCUCAACGAGUUGCCAGAAUGGAUUCACGCCACUGCCUGGACAUCAAGCUCGGACUUCUAUGUCUUCUGAAGCCACUGCAUUCCACUCAGUGGCCAAGUAGGGUGGGGGGUGGAGCUUGGUACGGUGUUUUUUGUUGCCUUGAAGAUUCCAAAACACACGACCACUAAGAGGAACUCUGUGCGUUGGCCGUCCACAAGAUUUGGACAUCGAGCACUUCUCGUGUGGAACGUGCAAUGGCUGUACCGUGAGUUAGAUUAUCAAGCUGGUAUGAACCUGUAGACAUUUUGCUACUGGAUGUUGUCUUGUCAAGAGGGCUGGCAUAUGUACCUUUGUUGUUUGUUCUAAGUAGGCCUCUGCUUGGCAAACACUACCUGCCACAGUGGGAAAAAAUGUGCAUAGAUAAAGAUUAUAGGGCAUCAGCUUGUCGCCGGCACUCUAGUUUUCCGUUGACAGUGUACUGUGCUGCAAAACAUAUAAACACUUCUAGUGCGCAGAGUAAUGAAGCAUAGCGCAUAUAACAGUCACUUUAUAUGUGACUGCACAUAAUGGUGAACCAUCCUGAGCGACAAUAUCUUGCAGUUUAAGAUGAACUAAAAUGAAAUACUUAACUGCAGAAUGUUUCGAAUGUGCGAACAACAAGUAUUUUUCAAGCGAAGUCUGAAGUUGCUGAUGCAGUAGCCAAAUAACUCUACUCGUAACUCGUUCUUAAAGUUUACAAGGAGAGGCCUCUUAGGACGGUGUGUCGACAACAAUUUUUUUGUUAUGUCCCUUGUUAGCCAGAGUGUCGCAUAAAGCUUUGUAUUCUCUACGUUGUUCUGUUUGGCCGAGCUGUUAUCAUGAGGGACCAUUUCACAUUAUUCUGAAAAGUGUUGCAUGUUCCUUGCUGUUUAAACUGCAGGGUUAUUUUUGUUCUUCGGCAUUGAAUGCUUUUCUUUUGAAAAAAAACUUGCCACAUCACAUUCAUACUGCUUCUUGCAAUACCACCUUUUACUGUUUGGUCGGCCAUUUAGAAGCACAUACUUAAGUUUGAACAAAGGUUGCCAGAGUUUGUGAAUGUGUUCUCAAGGUUGCAGUGCUGUGGGGAAGUCUAGGGCAUUUAUCUGUGCAAGCAAUGCCAAACUAUGCACAGCUGUUGUGUACUAAGGUGCAAUGUUCUAGGAAUGUUUGCGAGUCUGAUCGCCAAGACUGAACUUAUGUGUGUGUGUGGCAGCUGUUGAGUGUGCAAUUGCAGGAAAGUAAUUUCUGAAACAGAUUUGAUGCACAACUCAGGUAGCUGUAGGAUUAAAAAGACUGAAGAGCAUCCGAUAGGUACAUAUAUAUAGCUGAUAAAGUUGAGAGAAUUCGUCAAAUUAGCAUGUGCACUGCCAUUAGCAUGACUAUGACAUUAACAGGUUUUCUCCUUCACACAAACAGCCCUUUUUGGCCUUUGGUUGUGUGCAGUGUAGUUAUAUCGUUCUGAGGGCACCCAUAAAGAGUAUGCAGGUUUCGUGUGUGCUCACACAUUAAGCUUGUGAGCAUGCCAUUGUGCAAGCUACGUGUACAAUGUUAAAAUUUAUCAUAAUCAUUUAGACAGCACCACACAUGUUAGUUUUUCUAUGCUGAAGUUGUUGACACUUUAUCUACAACACAAGCAGACUGUUUCAAGCUCUGUGGAGUUUCACAAGAGUUCCUGAAUUUUUUUAAUCAGGGCAGAAUGCGUUAUCUGAGGGUGAACUUGCUGAACCCUAAUUUUCUUGAAUUUUAAUCACCAUCAAGAUGGGAUAGGUUUGUUUGAGUAAAUAUUGCAUUCCAAGACUGUAUCAGCUUGGCUGAAGAUAUAACAGCCUUGUAUGGUGCAUUCCACUUUUUUUUUUUUCUUAGCUUAAAUUUGUAUAAUUACGUUUGUAAUAACUUCUGUUAUAUACCUCAAAAGCCAACAGUUUCUUACCAAUACCGGUGGUUAUGCUAGUCUAUGCUUGAGCAGUGCAUUAAACCAAGCUGUUAGGUGCACAGGGUAGAAUUCACAUUCACAUAUUCCCUUAUGCUAUAUCACAAAUGUGUGUUCACAGUUGGUAUAACAGCAUUGUAGAAAUCAUUGUUGAGCUUGUUGAUUAUGGGUUGCACUGGCAGAUUUGUUAUAUUCCUGAAACAUUGCGUUUGGAGAUAAGAUGCUUUCAGAAUUUGUUGAAGAAUUUCUUGUCAUCUUAAAUAUGCACGCUUCAUGUGUGUUAGGUGUUAUACAAUUUCGCUCGUGCCUUCAAUAUGGGUUGUCAUCACGCUUGCUUGUUAUUAGCCGCAUUCUAGUCCAUUGCGCCGUGUGAACCAAACUGUUUACUGAGUGUCUUUUUUUUUAUGCCCUGGACUAUGCAACAUAUCAUUACACAUGUGUGUAAAAGAAUUUGGUUGUGUGACAGUGCAUGUGAAGUUGUGCAUAAUCUGUAACCUAGUCACAUUGUCAUUCACAAAAAAAAGGGGGGGGAGGGAGGAUAGAGGUCGGUUGGGUUGUGGGUUCCUUGUUCAAAAAGAAAUUGUUCAUCAUUCAUCACGUGUCAUUCAGAAAAAAGACGUCAUCUCAAAGUUGGAUGUGCUGUUCUCGUGGACCAACAUUGUUUAGAUGUUUAUUUACAGUUUACUGUAUUUAUGAAGUGCUGACAGGUACCUACUGUCACAGAGUGCACUUAAACUGCCGUGCACUGAAGCAUUCGUGAAGCAGGGAGAUACAGGCCAUUACGCUGCCAUCACUACCGUAUCCUUUCUUUAGAACAAAGUUUUAGUGGUUUGGUGUCUUAUUUGCAAGAGGCUGCUGGUACUAGCUAAAAUGCCCUCCUUGGCCUUGCCACAAAAGUAUAGUUAUAUAGAUGCGAAGCUUGUUUUGAAGGUAGGACAUAUUUUUUUUUUCUUUUUUCGAAGCAACCUUCAGGAUAACAAAGCUGGCUUGAUGACAGUUCAGGUUUUGAGUUUGGCAUCCAUCACUAGUGCCACAGUCUUUCAAUGCUGUCUUUUUCUGGUCGGGUAACUUCUCCCUAACAAAUAAGGAAAUGCUUUAUAUGGAGCAGCAGAGCCAUGUGACGAAGCUUAACGGCCAACUGCAAUGAAAUUUUGGGCCGCAUAAGGAGCCUAGUUUCAGAGAGUUCAGAUAUAGGGCAGCCUCCAUGGAAAAUUUUACAUUUGAAAUACAAGGGGAUGCGUCAUGAAAGGCUUGCAAAAGUAGAUUAUUCUACUUUAGGUGUACUCAGUGUGGAUAUAUAAAUUAGCACUUAUAAUGGCUGCUACCAUGGCCCCACCUGUAUUUUGCAGGACACUCUAACAGCAUAUCCUCAGAGGGAAAGUUCAGAUUGUUUAUAUAUUUCAGUGGCAGAUCAUUAAAGUUUGCGAAUUAAGUGUGGCCAAACAUGGUGUGGAUCAGAGAACAAACGGGGGUAGACGAUAUUCUAGUUGACAUUAAGCGGAAGAAAUGGAGCUGGGCAGGCCAUGUAAUGCGUAGGAUGGAUAACCGGUGGACCAUUAGGGUUACAGAAUGGAUACCAAGAGAAGGGAAGCGCAGUCGAGGACGGCAGAAAGUCAGGUGGGAUGAUGUGGUUAGGAAAUUCGCAGGCGCAAGUUGGAAUACGCUAGCGCAAGACAGGGGUAAUUGGAGAUCGCAGGGAGAGGCCUUCGUCCUGCAGUGGACAUAAAUAUAGGCUGAUGAUGAUGAUGAUGAAACAUGGUACAGUGCAAUAACAUAAUAAAGCAUAAUUAUCUUACUUGAAACUCAGUUGUGACCUACUUACUAAGCAUGACAUUACUGCAGUCGUUUCACAUGACCUGUGCCAUAGAGCACUACUCAUCACCCGUUUGUUGAUAUGGUUCCUCUAGUAGUUAGGUUUUGUCACUCCUAUGUGGAACUCUGCGGGAGUUUCUUGACCAGUGAAGAAAGUAUUGAAGACACAUUGAGGGCAGAGAGACCGUGUUACCAGCAUCCUAAGAUUUCUUUUUCACUUGAUAUACAUGCAAUGAUUGCCUAGUCAAUGGCUCACUAAAGUGUCAUGAGGUAGUGUUGGCAGCAAAGUUGUCUGAGCUGUUUGGCCUCGUACAUGACUAAAAUCUGGUGUGCUGUUUCUUCAAGAAGCUAUGAAAUUUCAACACUUUAUAUUCUCAUAGGGCAGCCACAUGCCGCCAAAAAUAUGAUAAUUUGCUUGUGUAUCGUUGACCUCUACAUUCAUACUUUUUAAUCAAACACUUCACUGGAAAGCAAAAUUGGUUUUGUGAAGAGGCUCGACACAAGCCACCUUGCAAAUGUCAUGCUUCAGUGUUUAACAGGUUGUCUAGGAUGCAACAAAAACAAAAAGGAAGUCUGUGAUCUACUAAGAGAUAUAUUCAAGGAGUUGUGAUAGUGUUUUGUAAUGCUGUGCCUGUGACAUAGUUGCAAUUGCAUUGUACAACGGCGUGUGCCUUCUAUAUGCCUCUGUUACGAUGCAGAGUUUGCUUGCUUAGAAAUUUCAAGUCGAAGCCCAGUGCUGUUCUUAAAGGGGCACUAAAGGCAGAAAUUAGGUCAGGCUAAACUGAUAGUUAAUGUAAUGCAUAGGACAUAUAACAGGUCAUCUAUUAGAGUAACAUUGAGUGUUCAUAGUUAAUGUAUAGGAUAGGUAACGAGUUGUCUAUUAGAGUAACAUUGGGUGCCAAGGAAAGAGAAACACAUUUGAGGGUGGCAGAGGAUUAGACAAUGUGAUGAGGUUAUCAAACUUAGUGAUGAUGAAAUUGAUUGUACUAUUAAACAAAAUACACUAGUAUUGCUGAGGACAGAGCUUUUACACCCGAGAAAAUAAACAUGGGAGAAAAGUGGCACUACUGUUGUGUUAAAUAUGGAACCAGCUCCCACUGAUGUGUGUCCACCCCCAGACAACAAUUUAAGAGUUGUCAGCAACUGCUCACAAAGGCAGAUUACAUUGAAUUUGAAUAUGAGGGAAAGGAAGCAGCUUGGUCAUCCUGCUAAAGAACUCGCUGAUGCUACCUCUUUGCACUGUACUAGUAGAAUUAUCCAGAGGCACAUGGCGCCGUUUCUGUGCUGCCCUGUAACUUGCCAAUAGUGGCAGAGCAUGGCCUCCUGAGAUUCUCAGUGCGGUGCAGUGUGCUAUGAAUGAUGCACAUUGCCUCUUUGCAGGCAAAUUGAAUUCGGGGAGAGACAUGCUGCUGUCUUCAAUUGUGAUUUUCUUCUCAGCCAAGUAUUCUUUUGGCACAGAAUGCUCACUAAGAGAUAUUGGACAGUGUACUCUAUAGCCAUUAGUUGACCUAAUGUUUGCCUUUAGCACCCUUUUGAGUUCUUUAGAAGCCUGUAACAUGUGUCUUAGCCUUACUUAAGCUUGCUGCACUAAUGCAUAGUAGUUACUGCUUGUGUAAGUCGAAGUAACCGCAUCAGUGCUCAGCUGUGGCUUGGUCACUACGGCUCAGCAGAUGUAAAGGUAAAAAAUAAUGGUGCAUCUGCGUAGCACCCAGUGUAGCCAGUUUGCAUUGAACUGGUUGAACAUAAAUUGCCAUGCAAUGUCUGCCGUGGUUUUAGAUUGUGACUACAAGAGCAACAAGGCUGUUGAGAAAUAAAGGCAUUUUUCUUUCUGG